AUGGCGAGUUCGCUCAGAGUCCGCCUCCCGUGGACAUCGUCUCCCCUUGUGGUCAAUGCCCCCAUGGGCGGCUUUGCUGGUGGACAUCUUGCGAGCGCCGUCACGAAAUCAGGCGGUCUUGGGAUGAUCGGCGCUAUCAUGGCUGAUGACUUGAAGAAGGAAUUGGCCAUUGCGGCAGACGAGCUGAUGGCUACUACUACCCAGAGUCACAUACUCCCUAUCGGUGUCGGCCUGUUACCAUUCGUCGUCAAGGCUGAGUCUGUGCUGCCCAUCCUUAAGGAAUAUCAACCGGCAGUGGUCUGGCUAUUUGCUGCGAAAGAACUGAAUAACUACGCCACGUGGUCUGCGACCAUCCGGGAAAUCUGCCCAAAUUCUGAGAUUUGGAUCCAAGUUGGGAGUGUCAGUGCUGCCGUCGAGAUCGCCCAGAUAGCCAAACCCGAUGCUUUAGUGCUGCAAGGAGCUGAUGCGGGUGGACAUGGGUUUCAGAGAGGCGCCAGCAUCAUCUCGGUGGUGCCGGAGGCAGCGGAUGUUCUUGAGGCAAAGGGGUUUGCUAAUGUUCCGUUGUUGGCAUCAGGAGGGAUCGCGGAUGCUCGCGGUGCCGCAGCUGCACUCGCUCUGGGGGCGUCUGGUGUCGUGAUUGGAACCAGGUUCCUCGCAGCCAAGGAAACAAAUGUGCCACCGGGAUACCGAGAGCUCGUGCUGGCCGCAAAAGAUGGAGCACAAAGUACCAUACGGAGUACAUUGUUUGAUAACGUCAAGGGCCCCAAUAUUUGGCCAGACGCGUAUGACGGAAGAAGUCUGAUUACGGAGAGCUACGCCGACUAUGUUCGAGGUGUCGACAUCAAGGAGAUUCGAGAGAAGCACAACGAAGCUGUGACUGGAAAGGAUGGCGGGUUUGGGAAGACCAACCGGGCGAAUGUUUGGGCAGGGGCUGGGGUAGGGUUGGUGAACAAGCUGCAGAACGCUGCCGAUAUCGUAGAAGAGGUGCGGAACGGGAUUAGCAAGAUACUGGAAGGUACUAUGGCACGGCUGUGA